GGUCUCGGGCCCUCAGGCGGAGCGGCGGGCGCCGGACCCCCAGGCGGAGCGACAGGUCUCGGGCCCUCAGGCGGAGCGGCGGGCGCCGGACCCCCAGGCGGAGCGACAGGUCUCGGGCCCUCAGGCGGAGCGGCGGGCGCCGGACCCCCAGGAGGAGCGACAGGUCUCGGGCCCUCAGGCGGAGCGGCGGGCGCCGGACCCCCAGGCGGAGCGGCGGGCACCGAGACACCAGGCACGACAGUGGGCUCCGAGUCAACUGGUAUGACCGCAGGCACUGGGUCAGACAUUGGAUGGUCUGGCUGGACAGCGGGCAUCGGGUCACCAGGCAUCAGGUCAUUUGGCUCGACAGCGGGCACCGCGUCAUCUGGCAAGGCAGUGGGCUCCGAGUCAACUGGUAUGACCGCGGGCACUGGGUCAGACAUUGGAUCGUCUGACCGGACAGCGGGCAUCGGGUCACCAGGCAUCAAGUCAUUUGGCUCGACAGCGAGCACCGCGUCAUCUGGCAAGGCAGUGGGCUCCGAGUCA